AUGUUUCCCCACUAUUUAUACAUUACAGGAAGGACUUGUGAUAGCGAGGCUACGUUUGUAACAGCCCUGUACGAUAUCGGGCGCGGUAACUGGACGGGUUGGGCCCGAGGUUUCGAGACAUAUCUUCACCACUUUUCAGUCCUGUUAAAAUCAAACAUUACCUUGUAUAUUUUCUGUGAUGUUAAGGUAGCAGAUUUUGUCAGAAGUUUCCGGACUCGUGCCCAACAAACAUUCGUCCAUGUACUUCCUUUUGAUGACUUGGAGUUCCAGGUUUACAGACAACAUAUCAAGCAAGUUAUGCGGACAGACGAGUUCCGGAAAGACAAUGACAUGUUGCAUCAUCCGGAAUGUUUCUCCUCUGACUAUAUCAUUUUAAUGAACAAUAAAAUAUCGUUUUUGAACAUAGCGAGGGCCUGGAAUCCAUUCCGGACUUCCCAUUUUUACUGGAUAGAUGCCGGAUAUGGCCACGGCUCGACCGUGUUUCCAGGAAACGAAGCCUCGCCAUGGAAACCGCAAAAACUACUAAGAAUGGUCCGAACAAUAACAUAUAUACAACUGGCCAAUCUGACGUCGUAUCACAACAAAACUGACCUACAUAAGGUCAGACAAGGUCCCGCUCUGAGUGGCGGAUUCUUCGGCGGAGACUGGUCCGCCAUCAGGGAGUACUACCACCUAUACCGGAAGGUAUUUCAAGCAUGUCUAGUAGAGAACAUUGUGGAUGACGACCAAAGUAUGGCGUUGUACACGUAUUUUGAAUAUCCCACACUGUUUAAAUUUGAACACGGGCAAUGGUUUGAUGCUGUCGAGUUAUUUUCCUGAUUUCAAUGAACAUUUAUGUUUAAAACGUUCUUUUUAUGACACACCUUUUAUGAUUGUUUAUAUUGUA